AUGAAGGCCAGGUCAGGGUUCAUCACGUCAGUGUUGCUGGCAGCCAGUACAGUAAUGUCUGCAGCCUCUCUUGCUGCUGCUGCCUCACAGGACAGCGCCAACAAUAGUGCCAACGCCAGCGCGCCCCUCGUCUGUCCGCAACUGCACGUCAUUGCCGCCCGUGAGACCACGGCGCCGCCCGGCUUUGGUUCCGCCAGCACCCUCGUCGAUUUGAUACUGAAAGCGUUUCCCGGCGCCACAUCCGAGGCCAUUGUCUACCCGGCCGCCGGCAACUCCAACCGAAACUACAGCCUCAGCGUGACGGCAGGUGUCCUGGCGGUGCUGGCGCAGGUGACGCAGUUUGCGGCGCAGUGCCCCGGAACCGUUCUCGUGAUGCACGGCUAUUCGCAGGGUGCGCAGAUACUAGACAAUGCUUUUUGCGGCGGGCCGGACGGGGACAGCUUGCUGGCGACGCCACCCCUCAUCCAAACGGCCAUCGGCAAGAACGUAGCGGCGAUUAUCAUGAUGGGCAACCCACGGCACGUGGCAGGCCUGCCGUACAACGUGGGAAACGCCACUGCGCCCGGCUUCGCGGCGCGGCCCGUGGGGUUCCAGUGCCCGCUGUACCAGGCACGGAUACAGUCGUACUGCGAUUCGCCGGACCCGUUCUGUGCCAACGGCACAGACGCCGCAUUCCACCAAGGAUAUGGGACGCGCAACGGGGGGGACGCACUCCAGUUUAUCGUGGGAAAAGUGCUGUUGUAG